CAACAACAAGGCAGACAGCCUUUGAACAAGCAUUUGUGACACAUCUGGUCGCUGGUGUUCGAUCCCUCUAUCGCCAAACAAGACCUCAGAGACAUGCACUUUGAUAAAGCACCAAAGGAGAAGCCAUGCUGCACUCUGCCCACAGUGAAAAAACUAUUGGAACAGAAGAGGAAGCGAGAGAUGUCAUCGGGGUUCACUUAUGCCACAAACACAACCAAUCCCGCUGGUCACAACAUACUUACUCAGCUUCAGGAGUCUGAACAACCGACUUGCUCAGGUGCCACAAGUAGCUACCCCAACAUGACAGCUCUGAGCUCGGAGCAGUGGGCACCGAUGCAGGAGUCCGCUCUCCAAUAUGACCCCAUUCAACCUGGGCCAAGCUUCCCUGUGGAAUACGACGUCCCAAUGGAUGCCGGUUUUAGCUCCCAGCAGAACCUUCAAGGAUAUGCGUCUCAAUCUUAUGAGUACCUGAUGCCAGCUGCAGAUCACAGCGCAGCCUCUAAUUGGCUCCCUAUGGAGCCUAGUCAGGCCUCUCAACCCACCUUUGGGAAGUGGUUGGACUCCGGCACACUGGAGAAGGCCAGAACGCUACUCAGAGACAUGGACUACAGCAGAAUCACUGGCCAGGAUGAAGAUGGAGACACCAUCCUGCACAUCUACACUGCUAAGGGUCACAGGGAGUGGGCCUUUGCUGCUGCAGAGAAGCUGAGGGAUUUGGGGAAGCUUGAUGCAAAAGAGCACAAAGGCAAAACUGCGUUACUGGUGGCGGUGACUGCAGACCAGCCGGACAUUGUUCAAGAUCUGUUGUCAUUUGGAGCAGACAUCAAUGCCUGUGACAUUAAAGGACAAAGUGCUCUUCACUUGGCUGCCAACGAUGGUUUACCUAGGAUAAUGCAGGUAAUUUUGUCGAACAGACCUGCAGUCAAUCUUGAGGCCAGAGAUUUUGAAGGGAUGACCCCUCUACACUGUGCAGCCAUUUCCCACAGUGUCACCAUGAAGGCUUUGCUUGCCUGCGGGAUGGCAGAUGCUAAACUUCAGGCUAAUGCUGCGGAGAAGCUCUCCUGUGUGCAGAUGCUUCUGAAUGCGGGCGCUUCACUACUCAGUCAGGAAAUCAAAAGCAGCAUGACAGUGUUGCACUUGACAGUGAAGGAAGGGAAUAUUCAUCUGCUCCGCUAUCUGCUUAGCAUCCCCAUGCACAAUGUAAAAGAGUUUGUCAACAUGAAAGCACACGGCCACACUGCUUUACACAUGGCGGCCUGUCUCCAUGGCAACCACCAGCAGGAAGAGAUCCUGCGGCUGUUACUGAAUCGAGGAGCUGAUCCCAGCAUCCGCAACCUGGAGAACAGCCUGCCGGCACAUCUUCUGCAGGGUGGCCUCAAAGGGGAGCAGCUUAAACUUUUGCUGAAGAAAUGGACCACUUCGACUCGUCGCCGUCCAGCGGCCUCGCAGAACCAGGAAUGAUGAACGAAGGUGUACAUGUUGGAGGCUAAUUCACACUGGAUUGGCACUCUUUCACAGUUUAGCUGCUUUCCAAAAAGAGUAAACUUUAAUAUUUAUAUUUCUGUGCUAUUUCAUAUGAAUAUUAUAUAUUUUAUUUCUAUAAAAGCUCAUGCUGCUGGUAUACAGGCUAGACCUUUUUUCUCCCCUGCCAUAUCAUGAGGUACACAUACACAGUCCAAUGACAUUCAAUACAUGCGCUACAGUGCAAAACAUUUAUCUUACUUUUAAUUUUAUCGUAAAUUUUCACUGUGGUAAAUAAAAGAAAUUUCGUGUAAUUCAAUGCAAUGUGAACACCAUUUGAGGAAAAAAUAGCCAUUUUCCCUAUUCUUGUUUCAGUACGUUUUGUGUAAUGCAGCAAAUCAAGUGUUUACUAUCAUUUCGGCAUGAAACUGUAAGAAAUGUAUUAAUUUAAAAACAUCCAUAUUAUUGCUGUUGAUCAAAUAUUUACAAAAAAAAAACAAACACUGUAUGUAUGUCAGCCAUAAAAGGGCGUUUUUAUCUAAAUCUGGUGGGGCUUAACCUCACCCACAUUUUUCUAUUGUUUCUUAUUUAGACUGUUUAUGUAUCUCAUGAAGCAUGUAGUAAGGUUUUUUCCCCCCUCCACCUUUUGAUGAAAUCAAGGUUAAAACUUAAAAGUGGCGCUGAGGUGAUGUAGUACUGAUUUUUCAGAAACACUUUGAUUUCCAUGAAAUCAUUAGUCUAACCUGGAGGACUCUGUCACGAUGAUCACAUUGAUGAUCACAUGAAAGUAUAUUCACAUUCUGAAUUCAAUCGGUACGUUUACGUUUGAUGACAUUCCUCAUGUUGAAAAUGAGCAAACUCAUGACUUGCUUCUGUUCUGUAUGCAUCAUACUUGUGGAUGUAAUGUGUUUACCAUGUAAAACUACCUUAACUUAUUGUCGUUGCAUGUGUAAUGACCAAUGCAGAAAAAAUUCUCAGGUAUACAGUGUAUGUCAGUGAUGAGUCAUGACCUAAACAACUGUGACAUAAACUUUUUAGGAAUAAAUGAAGCUGAC